AGGAAGAACCAGCUGUGCGCGUCACAGACGCUCGAGCGAGACGACUUCGAAGAGCUCUGCUACCUUUUUUGUUGCCGUGUUCCUAAAAUCGCUUUUCCAGGUGUCGAGAUGGGGUACAUUUGUGUUUGCUGUGAGCACAAAAGACGCGCAAACCAUAUUUCAUAUUUUGUAUACGUAUUGCUGUCUGUUUCUCUAUCGUGUGUCCUAAAUCAUUUUUGUCCAUUUUCUUUUAAAUAAUGACGAUUUCGUGUUUUCCAAAGCGACGGAUGGCCUACAACGUGAACUUUGGGCAACAUGCGCUCCGGCGUGGCAGUGGACCUCGUCUUCACUGCCGGCACGUGAGGUGGUAGCGCGCGGGAGUCGCUGGACGGGCGGUGUCUGAAGAAGCGUUCACACGUAUGUGUGUCGCCGUGUGCGAGCGUGCACGUGAGUGUAUCCGUCAUAAUGUGGAUUCAGUGGGUUGAAGACAACAGCACCUUCCACUCCACCAUCCCAGAGGCAGCAGACCUGGUGGUGGCCAGCAUCUACACCCUCUUUGGUGUUUGUUCGUUACUAGGCAACGGCAUGCUACUGUACGUGUCCUACGAGAAGAGGACGGGGUUGAAGCCGGCCGAGUUCUUCAUCAUCAACCUGGCGGUCAGCGACCUGGGCAUGACCCUGAGCCUGUACCCUCUGGCCGUCACCUCCAGUAUCUACCACAGGUGGCUGUACGGUGAGGCCGUGUGUCUCCUGUAUGCGUUCUGCGGUGUGCUGUUUGGCAUCUGCAGUCUGAGCACCCUGACGGUGCUCAGCAGCGUGUGCUGUCUGAAGGUCUGCUACCCGCUCUACGGCAAGCGCCUGAGCCCCGCCCACAGCCGCCUCCUGAUUGGCUGCUGCUGGGCGUACGCGCUGCUCUUCGCCUGCUCCCCGCUCCUCCACUGGGGGGCGUACGGGCCCGAGCCCUACGGCACGGCGUGCUGCAUCGACUGGCGGCGGUCGCGGCACGAGGCCGGGGCGCGCUCCUACACGCUGGCGCUGUUGCUGCUGUGCUACGCCGCGCCCUGCUGCGUCAUGCUGCUCUCCUACGGCCACAUCCUGCUGACGGUGCGGGAGUCGCGCCGCGCCGUGGAGCAGCACGCCGUCUCGGCCGCCACGCGCCGCACCGGGAGCCUGCAGGCCGUCAUCCUUAAGCUCAGUGUGGCCGUCUGUAUCGGCUUCCUCUUGGCCUGGAGUCCCUAUGCCCUGGUGUCCAUGCUGGCUACCUACGGACACGUCGAGUCCCUGCCCCCCAUGGCGUUCGCCGUGCCCGCGGUCUUCGCAAAGUCCUCCACACUCUACAACCCUCUGAUCUACCUCCUCCUCAAACCCAACUACCGCCACCUCCUGAGCCAACACCUUCUGGCGCAGCGCAAGAAAUGCCCGCGUCUGCUCUGUCCGCCCCGCCUCUCCCUCUGCUCCUUCCUGGGCUCCUUCUCUGACCCCGCCCCCCCAUGUUCUGACUCCGCCCCCCCGUGUUCUGACUCCGUCCCCCAAGCCCAGGCCACACUGGGCCCCUCCCACUGUGACUGCGGGCAGUGCGCGGACACCUUCGAGUGUUUCAAACACUAUCCUCGCUGCUGUCACGGCAACGUCAAGGCCUCGCAACCCGUACCGGGUGGCCGGACGAGGGGCCCCGGGGGCUCCCGGGGGCCCAGGCCGGGUGGGGUUUGGGUGCCCGGAGCCGGCCUGGCUCCUGUUCAGGCCGGCUUCUCGACCAAUAGGCAGAGAGUAGGAGUGACGUUCUGCGAUCAGAAGAACAUUCAACAGGAGAGUGAGCUCCCCCUGGAAACUGUUUCCAAAUAG